UACUAUCGUUCCUUUUCCGCUUUCGCCCCGGUUCCGAGUAACACGAGUCCUUGUCCUUUCUCGUUUUUUGGGAGAAAUAACGAUUACAACGGAUAAAGCGACUAGAGUAAAGCUUCGGUGAUGAAACCCAUCCUGCUACAGGGCCAUGAGAGGUCUAUCACACAGAUCAAAUAUAACCGAGAGGGAGACCUGAUCUUCUCUGUGGCCAAAGACACGGUAGCGAACGUGUGGUACUCUGUGAACGGGGAGAGGCUCGGCACUUACAAUGGACACACUGGAGCUCUGUGGUGUGUGGACUGUGACUGGGACACCAAGAAUGUGUUGACAGGAUCCGCAGACAACAGCUGUAGACUAUGGGACUGUGAGACGGGUAAACAGCUAGCCAUGUUGAACACCAGUUCAGCUGUCAGGACCUGUGGCUUUGACUUCAGUGGCAACAUCAUCAUGUUCUCUACAGACAAGCAGAUGGGCUACCAGUGUUUCCUCAACUACUUCGACCUCCGCGACCCCCAGCAGAUCGAGGACAACCAGCCGUACCUGACGGUGCCCUGCCCUGAGUCUAAGAUCACCAGUGCUGUGUGGGGGCCUCUGGGAGAGUUUGUUAUCGCUGGUCACGAGAACGGAGAGAUCAACCAGUUCAGCGCCAAGUCUGGAGAGGUGCUGAAGAAGGUGAAGGAACACAACAAACAGAUCAAUGACAUCCAGACCUCUGUUGAUCUGACCAUGGUCAUCACCGCAUCUAAAGACUGCUCCUCUAAGCUGUUUGACUCUACAACUCUAGAUCACAUCAAGUCACAUCAAUCCUUCAAGACAGAGAGACCCGUCAACUCUGCUGCCAUCUCCCCCAUCAUGGACCACGUGGUGAUGGGAGGAGGUCAAGAGGCCAUGGAUGUUACCACCACCUCCACCAGGAUCGGCAAGUUCGAGGCCAGGUUCUUCCACGCAGCUUACGAAGAGGAGUUUGGCAGGGUCAAGGGUCACUUCGGACCCAUCAACUGUGUAGCGUUCCACCCAGACGGCAAGAGCUACUCCAGUGGAAGUGAGGACAGCUACACUAGGAUCCAUCACUUUGACCCCCAAUACUUUGACUUCGAGCUGGAGGUGUAAACGGAAGAGCAGCAGCGAGACUCCCCUCUAUCAACAUCACGUCAUCUAUCUUCUCAGCUGAUAACAGUAGUAAUACCACACAGGCUAUACUCAGGAAGACUUCUACAGACUGGGUAAAGGACACCAGGGGGUGCAUCUCAAGUCUGCCAUAGCGUCCUCUCUCUUUGUCUUCUGUAUCUGUACUGAUCCGAGAACUCCGGAUAGGUGAUGGGAUGUGGAUGACUACCUGGAAUCAUUUGUCAGUUGUGGAUUUAAAAAUGGGUGAUUGAGGAAAGGAGGCCACUGAAGACUAUUGAGAUGCACCCUUAGCGAUGGGGUAAUUUAGGCCUCAGAAUCCGGACAUCACUAAUAAAUAGCCCAACUGGAAUGUUUAGAUUGCCUUGGCUGACAGUAUAGAAACAGUUCCUUUUGUUUUUACUCCUCUCCACCAUUCCAGUGUAUUUAAACUGAUUCUCUAAAAAAUAAAUGGAAUUUGGUUAAAAUA